AUGGUGUUCGACCGCUCCGUCGCCGUCAUAGGCAUCGCUUGCGGGGCCAAGAAGGCGUCCGUGCGUGCCGCUGCCGCCUCGGAGGCGCUGGCGAGACUGGACGUGUCCGCUGCGCUGCCGUCGCGGGACGAGGCCGGGCCGCACGCCGCCCACGUCGUCGAGCUGCGGCGGCUCCACGCGCUGCAGCCGUUCAAGGUGCCGACCCAGAAUCUACAGCCGAAAGCCAUGAGCAUCGCCAUCAUGAAUCCGAACAUGGCCAGCCUCACCAGCAGGCACUUCGCGUCCGUGAUGAACGGCGACUCUCCGAGGUAUGUCAUGGCGGCGUCAUGUCCGAGGUCGGGCCUCAGACUCAGGGCCAAGAAGACCUUCACACACAUCAGCGAGUCGGCUCCCAUCGCCGCGGCUUGUGCCUCGGCGGACAGUGAGCUCCUGCACAACCGCACCAGCUUCUUCGAGGCCCACUCCAUGGCCACGAACGGUGUCGGGGUGCCGGCGUUGAGCUCGAACCGUAAAUCUUUGUUCGCGUCCAGCAAGUCCUGCACCGUCGCAUGUCCAGUCGCUGCGGCUCUGACCGAUACGGUCGCCGCCGCGAUGAUAACCCCCUGGGCUGCCGGCCACUGCAGCUGGCCGUUCAGGGUCCUGAAAUUGGUGAGCUCCUUCGGCGACAGCGCACUGGUGGGAUCUGCCCGCCGGUGCUUCUCCACGGUGAUGGGCUUCACCGCGUGCAGGUACUUCUCGAACUUGAUGGUGACCGCGUGGGUGCUCAGGGACUGCUCCACCUCGCCGCCGGUGAAGACUAGGCUUGGCCCGAACUCCCACUUGCCGAACUUGAACUUCUCGUUGAGCAUGCCCAGCCGCGCCUGGAAGCACUCGGUGUCGUCCAGCUUGGCGUGCAGGUCAUCCUCGCAACUCACGUUCUCGCCGCAUCCGAUGAAGUCGUCCACGUGCUUGCCGAUCAGCCCGUCCACCACGAACGUCUGGCCGUCGAAACUACGCAGGUCGAACGGGUCGUCCGAGGGUCGCGCGGCCCGCAAAGACAGCAGCAAGCAAUCCUCGAGCCAGUGGUUCCUGAACCCGAUCUCCCUCGUGACUGCGCCGGAGCGGAAUGCGGACUUCACAUCCGCAGCGAACAGCCUCCACAUCCUCAAGGCGGCCCACAGCAUGACCGUGUGUCGGUGCGGGGUCUGGAGCCGCCUCCUCGCCAGCCUCAGCUGGCUGGUGGGCCUCGGGAGCUGCCGCGGCAGCCGCUCCACUCGGCUCCUCUCGUUGUCCAACAGGAUCUCCAUCGCGGUGUCCCUGGGCGCUGGGCUGCUGCGCGCCCGUGUCGUCCAGGGUGUCGUCGUGCUGGGGUCACUGAAGCUGCAGGUACCCUUGGUCCGCCUGAGCGCCCUCCUCAGCUUCUCGAUGGUGCUGAGUGGGCUGUCGGGAUCCUCGCGUCGUCCUUCUCGCUCUCGGGUCUCACUGGACAGCUCGGGGCGGCGCUGCUCCACCGUGCAGUGGUGGAUCGUGCACCCGUGCGUGACCCACACCACGGACGUGUGCAUCACGUCGUCCUCGUUGACCUUCGACUCCACCGCCACCGCCAGCGCCGGGCCAUGCCAGUGGCACUUCUCCAGGCCCGUCGACAUCUCGGCUCGCACGGCACGAGAGCAGUUGGCCUCGAUGAAAGCCGUCCCCGCCGCAGCGCGCCUGACCAUCAUCUCGUGCACCUCGCUCUUGGGAUCGAGCAGCGCGGCCUGCUCCGCCAGGCCGAAGUCCUCGUCGCACAGCGCGCCAGGCACCUUGGGCUGUGUGCCCAGCACCAGCGUCGCGGGCGCAUAUCCGUGCACGUUGCGAAAGAUGUUCCGCUGGCUGGCGGUCAUCCUGAGCGCGGUCUUGAGCGAGUCGUCGGGGAACUGCAGGUGGUACUUGCUGAGCUGCUCCCUCCUGACCGCAUGGUUGCGCUCCAUGAGUCCGAGUUUGUGGUGCGCGCCCUUCGGGGUCAGGUCGAGUGUGAUGUUGUGCUUGCUCGUCCACUGGUGCGUCUUCCUUGACGUGUGCGAGCCUGCCAUGUCCAUCCUCAUGGUGUCGGGCUUGCCAGCCCAGCUGAUCCACAAUUUCUGA